AUGUCUCCCCCGCCCCCCCGCGGCCGCCCCCCGCCGCCGCCGUCGCGGCACCUCUACGUCGCGAACGUCGGCCCGAAGGUGGGCGACGCCGCGGAGGACGUCGCCGCGGCGUUCGCCGCGUUCGGGGAGGUGGCCGCCGUGCAGAUUCGAGAUCCGACGUCCGCGCGAUGCGUCGUGAGCAUGGCGACCGAUGACGCCGCUCGCGACGCGAUUCGCGCGCUGAACGACGCGCCGUGCGCCGCGCUCGGCGGCAGGAAGAUCGUCGUGCGGUUCGCCGGCGAGAGCGCGGUCGCGACGAUGGACGCGACGACGGACGCGACGACGGACGCGACGGACGCGACGACGACGACGACGAAGAAGAAGACGAACGCGAUGACGCAAGAGGAGGCGUGGUGCGUCGCCGCGCGGACGUCCGACGACCUCGGCGUCCCCGGCGCUACCUUGAUCCUCGACUUCGUGACCGAAGACGAAGAGGUCGCGAUGCUGAAGAGCGCGGAGGAAGAUCCGCGGUGGCAGCGCCUCGCGAAGCGGCGCGUGCUGCACUACGGCUACGCGUUCGAUUACGGCACGCGAGACGCGAAGGCGCCCGCGGGCGCGGCGAUGCCGUCGUACGCCGCCGCGCUGCUCGACCGCGCGGCGGCGUUGACCGACGUGCCGGGGGUCGAGCGCGCGUUGAGGUGCGAUCAACUCACCGUGAACGAGUACGAGCCCGGGAUCGGGCUCGCGCCGCACGUGGACACGCACAGCGCGUUCGGAGGGACCAUCCUCGCGGCGAGCUGCGGCGGCGGCGCCGUGAUCGAAUUUCGUCUUCACGAGCGCGAUGGCGACGGCGACGACGACGCGAGCCGUCGCGUGCCGUCGCGCCGCGCCGCGAUCUACCUGCCCCCGAGGUCGCUGCUCGUCAUGGCCGGCGAGGCGCGGUAUCGAUGGGCGCAUUACGUCCCGCAUCGCAAGCGCGACGCGGUGAAAAGAUUCGGCGGCGACGGCGGCGGCGCGGCGACGGAGAUCGCGCGGCGCGAGGGGAAGCGCGUGUCGUUCACGUUCCGGGAGACGCGCGACGUCGCGGUGGAGGGGCCGUGCGCGUGCGCGUGGCCGGAGGCGUGCGAUUCGAGGAUGGGCGCCGCGCAGCUUCUGAAUGAACGCGCGAGACCGGGCGCGGUGGCCGCGGCGAGGCGGGCCGCGGAAGCCGCCGCCGCCUUCCGCGAGGUGGAAAUCGUAGAUUCUUAG